AUAAAACAUUUCAAAGAACGAAGCUCCACCACUUGAGCUCUGGCACUAUCUUUGCAAAGUAAAGGACUGCGCCAAUUUCUCAACUCUACUCCUCGCUCCAUGUGGUGAACAGGAUUCCUUGCUGAAGCUGUUUUGCUCCUGUCGCUCAGCACUUGCCCCGACAUUUGCCCAUCAUGAUCGCUACUCGAGCAUUCGCUGCUCCAGCUCGUCAGUGCUUGCGAAAAGCUUGCACCCAGCCAACAUGGGCUCCCGCAUACUUCCAGACUCAGCCUAGACGCUACGCUUCGACCGCGGAAGAGGACAAGGUCGCGAAAUUCAAGGGCAAGAAAGGAUCAGACGGGAACUAUACUGUGACAUUAAUAGAAGGAGAUGGCAUUGGUCCCGAGAUCUCGCAAUCCGUCAAGGACAUCUACAAAGCUGCAAAGGUGCCGAUUGUGUGGGAGCCUGUCGAUGUUACGCCUCGCUUGAAGGACGGCCGGACGGUGAUUCCUGACGAAGCCAUCGAGUCCGUGAAGAAGAACUAUGUCGCGUUGAAGGGGCCUCUUGCAACCCCCGUGGGCAAAGGCCAUGUCUCUCUCAAUCUUACUCUCCGACGAACCUUCAACCUGUUUGCCAACGUCCGGCCGUGCCGCAGUAUAGAAGGCUACAAGACCCCCUACGACAACGUGGAUACUGUGCUUAUUCGAGAGAACACCGAAGGAGAAUAUUCAGGCAUUGAGCACGUUGUGGUGGACGGUGUCGUGCAGUCCAUCAAACUGAUCACCCGCGCGGCCUCCGAGCGGGUCCUGAGAUACGCGUUCCAGUACGCCCGGGACGUGAACAAGAAGAAGGUCCGCGUGGUGCAUAAAGCGACCAUCAUGAAAAUGUCCGAUGGUCUCUUCCUCAGCACCGCCAGGGAUGUCUCCAAGGAUUUCCCGGAUAUCGAAUUCGACGCGGAACUGCUCGACAAUGCUUGCCUGAAGAUCACGACCGACCCGGGUCCGUAUUCCGAUAAGGUUCUGGUCAUGCCCAACCUCUACGGCGACAUCCUCUCCGAUAUGUGUGCCGGUUUGAUCGGCGGGUUGGGUCUCACUCCUUCCGGCAAUAUUGGCGACGAGUGCUCCAUUUUCGAAGCUGUGCACGGCUCCGCCCCGGACAUCGCAGGCAAGGCCCUGGCAAAUCCUACUGCUCUUCUGCUGAGUAGCAUCAUGAUGCUGCGGCAUAUGGGAUUGAACGAGCACGCAGUCAAGAUUGAGAACGCCAUUUUUGCGACGUUGAAGGAAGGCAAGGCCUUGACGGGAGACUUGGGCGGAAAGGCCAAGACACACGAGUACGCAGCUGCUAUUAUCAACCAUUUGUAAAUUCCCAGAAUGGACUUGGGGCCGGGAGGUAUCCGUUAUGGCGGGAAUGGACGAAACUGGUUGCACAUCCUCGACGCCUCGGGAACACAGAGACGAGCUGGUUUAAUCACGUCGAUGCGUGGUUUCCGCCGCCUUCUACAAGCCAUGCGAAUGUGGGAUGGCAAAGGUCGCGAGGAUGCAGAGGCAAGACGUCACUUUUUUUCCGUACUUUGAUUUUAUCUGGUCUGGUUGAUGUAUGAUCUACAAGUAUCACACUAGAGCGAUCCGAGUCAUGCAAAUAACAUGUAUUGAUUGAACAAGAGCAUGCGAGUUUCCACUGCAGGUGUGCCAUCCUGUCCAUUACACGGAGUACAGCAGAGCAUAUCCCACGACUAUCUUCUGUCCUCCAA